AGUGACGUUCCCCUCGACUCCAGUGAAAGUCUACCAGCCCGUCCCAGUUUGGUCUCCAGCUGGGCUCCAACCAUGAGGCUCUGUGGCCCCCUGAUGCUGGCCGUGCUCUGCAGCCUGGCCUGGCCUGGAAAAACGGAGUCAUGUACAUCUCGCUGCAGUGAGAAGUUUAACCAGGACGCUACCUGCCAGUGUGACCCCCAGUGUCCCCGGCACGGGGACUGCUGUGAAGACUUCGAGCGCCUGUGUACUGAUGGGGUGGACCUCGCAACGCCAGCACCCCCAGCCCCGCCAGCAACGCCAGCACCGUCCCCAGAGCCGGAGGGAGACUCGGAGAAGGCGCGGGCGAGCAACCUGUACGCGGCGCCCACGUCCUGCCGGGGCCGCUGCCACGACGCCUUCGACCGGCACCACGCGUGCCACUGCAACGCCCGCUGCCGCGACUUCGGGGACUGCUGCGAGGACUUUGAGCGCCUGUGUGGCCACGAGGGCUUCUCCCGCAGCAGCGAUGCGGUGACCCAGGAGGAGCUGCAGAGCGUCUCGGAGAAGAUCUACUCGGCAGACACCAACAAAGCGCAGAAGCAAGACAUAGUCCUCAACAGCCAGAACCGCAUCUCCCCCUCGCAGACCGGGGAGCAGGUGGACCGCUCCCCAGAGCCGCUCUUCACCUACGUCAACGAGAAGCUGUUCUCCAAGCCGACCUACGCAGCCUUCAUCAACCUCCUCAACAACUACGAGCGGAGGACGGGCCAGGGGGAGCACUUCAGCGCGCAGCAGCUGGCUGAGCAGGACGCCUUUCUGGCAGAGGUCAUGAAGACGGCCAGCAUGCAGGAGCUCUACGGCUUCCUCCAUCGCAAGAACCGCUAUAACUCAGAACAAGAGUUUGUCGAUGACUUGAAGAACAUGUGGUUCGGACUCUACUCGAGAGGCAGUGAAGAAGGAGACUCCAGUGGCUUUGAACACGUUUUCUCAGGUGAAAUCAAGAAGGGCAAGGUCACUGGCUUCCAUAACUGGAUCCGCUUCUACAUGCAGGAGAAGGAGGGCCUGGUCGACUACUACAGUCACAUCUACGACGGGCCGUGGGACUCUUACCCCGACGUGCUAGCCAUGCAGUUCAACUGGGACGGCUACUAUAAGGAGGUGGGCUCAGCUUUCAUCGGCAGCAGCCCUGAGUUCGAGUUUGCCCUCUACUCCCUAUGCUUCAUUGCCAGACCAGGCAGAAUGUGCCAGCUGAGCCUGGGUGGAUACCCCUUGGCCAUCCAGACCUACACGUGGGACAAGACCACCUAUGGAAACGGCAAGAAGUACAUUGCCACAGCCUAUGUGGUGUCUUCGACCCAAUAAGCUUCCAUCCAGAAAGGAACAGGAGGGCAGGGCUCUGUGGUGCUAGUGCUCUGGGCCGGGGAGGGUUGGAGGAGACUGGGAGGCAUUGAGGAAUUCCCCAGGAGACAGUGAGAAGAGAUCUCACGGGGAAACUGAGGGGAACAGUCAAAUCUUUGUCCUCUGGCAUUGUGCCACUGUCAACCAGGAAACGGAGUCCAGAGGUGGGAGCCUCCAAAACUCCUUGCCCAGAUGUGAUGUGGGACCAGGACCAGGUUCUUGGAUUCUCUAGGGCUCAUGUUUCCUUUUAAUGUCAAAGAUGGG